UGUAAGAAGAAAAUACAUUAAUACAUAUUAGAGCAAUCAGUAAGAAAAAAAAUGACAAAAUGUUUAAAGAUGGCAUUAUAUUUUAUUCUUGUUGGAGCACGUGUUAUAAAUGUUAUGUCUGCUUUUAAUCCAUUGUUAACAUACACUGUGCGUUUUAAAAAGAUCGAUGUAAAACCUAAUAUCACUUUGGAUUAUUAUUCGAUCGAUCGAUAUAAAGAUGUACAAUAUGUAAAUGGGCAAAUUACAAUCGAUUCGAAAGAAAUUAUUGACAAUGUUGUUGGAAUUUUUUAUCGUUGUGACCCUGAUGGCAUUAACUGUGAAUACUUUCAAACUUGGAAAAUAAAAGAUGUCUGUCCCAAAUUAUUGCAAAAGAAUCAAAUGUGGUCCCGAUGGUAUGAGUCGUUUCAUCCGCCCUUGGUUUGUCCAGUAGAUAAAGUACAUUACAAAGUAAAAAAUGCAACUGUUGAUGUUGGACCACUGGCACUGAUAUAUCCUCAAGUAACUGAUUACCAAUGGAAAGUUAUUCAAAAAUUCUACGCUAACGAUAUAUUUGUUGGCAGUUACACGAUCGAAGCAUCAAUUUUUGGUUACAGAAAAAAGAUCAAGUCUAUUUUUACCGAUAAUUAAACUAAAAUUAAAUACAAAAUAAAAUGUUCUAUUUAUAUAUUAAUAACUAAAUAUUACUAUUUUAUGAUUUUUAUGUUCGUUAAUAUUAAUUUUUCUUAGAAA